UCCAAGAUUUAAAAUCUGCUUUUAGGCUGAAGAAGUGAGAAUAAUCGGCCCUCCUGUCUGCAGCUCUGGUAUAAAAGGCUCACAUGCAGAGUUCUUCCAAAACAACGACAGCUCUGCACUGAAAACCUCCCCAGGCUGUAUUCUACUGUUCAGAAUGGACGUCCAAACCGUGGGGUUGCUGCUGUUUGUCCUGGCCUUCGUGGAGCAGAGCCUGUCAUCCUGCGUGGUGGACAGAUUCACCGUCAAGCAGGACUUUGAUCCCCAAAGAUACGCAGGGAAAUGGUACGCGCUGCAGAAGAAGGACCCAGAGGGCCUGUUCCUGCAGGACAACAUAUCUGCCGAAUACACCGUAGGGGACGAUGGCUCCAUGGUGGCGUCCUCCAGAGGCAGAGUGACUCUCUUUGGGUUCUGGGUGGUCUGCGCAGACAUGGCCGCUCAGUACUCCGUACCUGACCCCAACACCCCCGGCAAGAUGUUCAUGAACUACCAGGGACUGGCCAGCUACCUGUCCAGCGGCGGUGACAACUACUGGGUCAUCGACACCGACUACGACAACUACGCCAUCACCUACGCCUGCCGCGUCCUGAGGGAGGACGGGAGCUGCGAGGACGGCUAUGCGCUGGUCUUCUCCCGCAACCCGCGCGGCCUCCCCCCGGCGAUCCAGAGGCUGGUCCGACAGAAGCAGGAGGAGAUCUGCAUGGCGGGGCAGUUCCAACCUGUGCUGCAGUCCGGAGCCUGUUAGACGUCUAGGCUGCAUCAUAUGAAUCCAGAUCAACAAGCCUAGGAGGGAGGCCCCUCCCCCCCUCCCCCGUGACAUCUAGUGUGUGGAUCUGUGUUGGUGAAAAUAAACAUUUUAUAAAGAAA